CUUUACUAGCUUCCCAUUCCAUGACUUUUUAUCCCUGUUAUAAGAAGAGUUCCCGUACACGCAUCGACAAAGAGAAAGGAGAGAAAAUUUAAAAUUGAAUCCGGUGGUGGUGCUUUUAGGGAGGUAAGUUAUGGUAUUUGUUGCUGAAAUUCUGAGAAUUUUCAUAACACAUGGAAGAAGCAGAUAGUCGUAUGCGUUCCGCUAAUCUUCUCCGCUCUAAUUUCUUCCUCUCUGGUUUCUACUGCUGGGACUGGGAAUUCUUGACCGCUCUCUUGCUCUUUAGUUGCUGAAUCGAAUCACAACAACCCAAACAAACAAACACACACAAAUCCCUAACUUUAGUUUUCGUUUGUAGUCCAGAUUUUAUUUUUUUAGGUGUAGCGAUUGGUUAUAGGGGGGUUGGUGAGGGGUAAAUCCGGAAGAAAUGGGGCAAAGAUCGGUUUCGGCGCCGUUUUUGAUGAAGACGUAUCAGUUGGUGGAUGAUCCGAGCACGGACGACGUGAUUUCCUGGAACGAGAGCGGCACAACGUUCGUGGUGUGGAAGACUGCGGAUUUUGCUAAGGAUUUACUCCCUAAUUACUUCAAGCACAACAAUUUCUCGAGCUUUGUGCGUCAACUCAACACCUAUGGUUUUCGAAAGAUUGUGCCCGACAAAUGGGAGUUUGCCAAUGAAAAUUUCCGGCGAGGACAGAAGGAGCUUCUUUUCGAGAUCCGUCGCCGUAAAACGGUGACAGUAAUGCCAACCCCGACUAAUAUCGCGGGUAAGUCAUCUGGUGCUGGUGGCAAUUCUCCUUCAAAUUCAGGCGAGGACCAGGCUUCCACCUCCACCUCGUUGCCGGAUUCAAAGAAUCCGGGAUCUGUCGACACUGCAGUGAUUGCACAGUUCGCUGAUUUAUCUGGCGAAAAUGAUAAACUGAGGAAGGACAAUGAGGUUCUCAGCUCGGAGCUCGCUCGGGCGAAGAAGCAAUGUGAGGAGUUGGUUGGGUUUCUAAGAGAGUACCUAAAGGUGGGUCCUGAACAGAUUAAUCAAAUCAUGCGGCAAGGGUGCUGUGGUUCCACCCAUGAUGGCUUGGUUGCUGAUCAAGAUGAUGACGAAAAAUGUGUUGAAGAGGAAGGAGAGGAUUGUAAAAUCUUUGGGGUGUGGUUGAAGGGGGAAAAGAAGAAGAGGGGCCGUGAAGAGGACAUUGGGUUUACUGGGCCUAACGCCAAAGAACUGAAGACGACUCUGGAAUUCCAUGCUCCCUUGAUGAAGAGCAGCAAGGUCUGCAACUAACCAUCAAUGGGCAUGGUAGCUAAGGCCUAUAACCUGCAAUAUCUAAUGAGGAGUAUAUAUAGUCAGUCAGUGGUAGCGGGAGACAAAAAGGCUCCCUACAUUCUGCAACAGUAAGGCUUAUUUUGGCCAUUAUGUGUAGUACAUAAUGCAAUAAGGAUGCGAACUUGGAGUUUAGGUUGGUUUGUCUGGUGUUUUUGUGGGAGUUGGAGAUCAAAGGCAAUUGGGUCUCUAGAGGUCUAGCCUCCUUCCCAUCAAGAAAGUUGAUUUCAGCUUUCAGUCUUUAUAAACAAAUACUGCCUAUUUGAACAAUAGUUACAAAGAAUUAUGUUAUGUGGUUAGUUAAAUUGCUUCUGGUAUUUCA